GCUGCCGGGCGUGGGGGCAGAACCGCGCCAGAGCCAAGGAGGCGGCGGAGCCUCGGCUCCCGAGGCCAGAGAGAGAAGCAGCAUUUGUUAUCCGCGCGGUUCCAUUGCUGUGGGGAAAAACACCCCAACGGCUAACUUGGAAGAAUAGGCGCUGACGUUUAUGGGGCGCUUACUACGUGUGGAGCAACUCAUUUAACCCACAUGGUUUGGCCAAAAUCCCGCGACCAACAACGGGUGGCGUCGGGACUCGAACACGAGCAGCCUGAUUGCAGAGCUGUCUCCCCAGCGUCUCCAUCACAGCCCUGCCGCGGAGGUCCUGCCUUUUAUUUACCGGGCCAUUGGCUCAAAGCAUCUUCCUGCCAGUAAUAUAAGUUUUGUGCAUUUUGAUUCACAUCCAGACCUCCUUAUUCCUGUGAAUAUGCCAGCGGACACCGUGUUUGAUAAGGAAACACUUUUCGGAGAAUUAAGUAUUGAGAAUUGGAUUAUACCUGCAGUUUAUGCUGGCCAUUUUUCUCAUGUAAUAUGGCUUCAUCCCACAUGGGCUCAGCAAAUCAGAGAGGGCAGACAUCACUUUUUAGUGGGCAAAGACACUUCUACCACAACCAUUAGGGUUACAAGUACAGAUCAUUACUUCCUAAGUGAUGGUCUUUAUGUAACUGAAGACCAGCUAGAGAACCAAAAACCUUUACAAUUGGAUGUAAUUAUGGUAGAACCUUAUAAACUCUGUAACAAUCAAGAAGAAAAUAAUGCAGUGUCUUCUGCUAAGAAGCCAAAGUUAGCAAUGGAAGACACAGAAAGCACUGCCUCUACUAACUGUGACUCUUAUUCAGAAGGACGGGAAAAGGACACAGAGACACAGAGAAGGAGCCAAACUUGCCUAGAACCAUCGUGUUCUUCUGAAAGCCAGGAAUGCCAGACUACAGUCAGCACUGGGGAAAUUCUGGAAAUUUUGAAGAAAGGGGAUGCAUUUGUUUUAGAUAUUGACUUAGAUUUUUUUUCAGUCAAGAAUCCCUUCAAAGAAAUGUUCACUCAGGAGGAGUACAAAAUCUUACAAGAGCUGUACCAAUUUAAAAAGCCCGGUACCAACCUGACAGAGGAAGAUUUGGUAGAUUGUGUUGAUACUCGAAUUCAUCAGUUAGAAGAUUUAGAAGCUGCUUUUGCUGAUUUGUGUGAUGGUGACGAUGAAGAAACUGUACAGAAAUGGGCUUCCAACCCUGGAAUGGAAUCACUAGUUCCACUUGUACAGAGUUUGAAAAAACGGACAGAAGUACCAGACUAUGAAAUGGUUCACCAGGCUGGUCUAACCUGUGAUUAUUCAGAACUUCCUCACCAUAUCAGCACAGAACAAGAAAUUGAGUAUCUUAUUCAGUCUGUAUAUUAUUUACUGAAAAAUUUACCAAAACCUACUCUUGUGACAAUUGCAAGGUCAAGUCUGGAUGAUUACUGUCCUUCUGAGCAAGUUGACACCAUUCAAGAAAAAGUCUUCGACGCGCUACGCUCCCUCUAUGGGGCUCUAGACAUUCACCUGGUGUAUUCCACAGAGCCCUCUCCGUCUUAAAACAACAGAACACUAGGCUCCUGCUGCAUCUUGAUGUAGUAACAGAGUUUUCAUUAAUUUAUUUGUAAAUGAGUCUUCCAGAGAAUACUUCGUUUAUAUAUUAAUUUUCAGUUAAAAUCUUUCAGGUAUUUUGAAUCUCUAAACAGAUAUCGCCAGUUGUUGAAUGAUGGCAGUUUUUUUGGCAUCAAGUCUGCCCCCAAUUGAUGAAACUGUUACUUAUCUACCUUUCCAUCGUUUUCUUCACUUUCAUGAGGGGUUUUUUUUUUUCCCUCUUUUCCCCCCAGGUCAGUUGGACUGUAUGGGAUUCAUUCAGUCAUUCAGUCAUUCAUUUAUUCACUCAACUGACUGACAUUUAUUGAGCACUUACACGUGCCAGAUUUAAUUACAUGCUGGGUAUGUGGUAAUGAACAGAAUAGACAAGGCCCCUGCCCUCUUGGGGGACAGCUGAGAAACAAAUUACAGUUUGUGAGAAGUGUUGUAAGCAAAGGAAAACCACAAACAUGUGUUUGGCAUGCUCUUAGUACUCAGGGCACCUUGGCCUUACAGGAAAGUGACAUUCUCAAAAGCUACUACCAAAAAAAGUGAACCAGUUGCCAGUCCAUGAAAAUGUUGCAGGAAGUCUGCCUUUCCAAGACUGUUGGGAUUGUGGCCCCGCUCUUACCGAAUGCUCUCAGCAUGGCUGGGAUUGAGGAGGUCUAUCUGAGCAAACUCAACCAAACAAAAACCAACUUUUCUUUGCUAACAGAAGAGCCCUUCAGGGUUUCUUGUGCCUCCAGUUGGUCAGUGUGGGCAUCAGUUAUCCUUAUGUUUCCUAAGUGCCACUUUAUUGGCAGUCUGGGUUAAUAAUUUUUUCAAAUAAACUAGCUUUUUAUGUAAAUAGUAGGACAAAAAGUUAAAUCCUUAGUUCUGAUCUACCAUAAAUACCCACAGACCUAACUGCCUUCCACCAGCCUCCCCAUGAGUAAGACACCCUUACUCAUGGAACUCUUAGUCAUGGAACUUUUCCUUUCCUUAGUUUGCCAAGUCUUCCUCUCGUCAGUAUCCCUCGUGUUCAGUAUUCAUUUUUAACUAUCUUCUUGAUUUCUUUUCCUUUAAAAGGGAGGAUGGCAUGUAAAGAGAAAAGAGAUCCAUCAUUCCUCAAUCAUAACAGCUUUUGUUUUCAUUUUUGCAUGUAAUGCUUUCAGACCUUGACCACAUGUGUACCUGUUGAGUUGCAUGUAGCUAAAAUUAUAGUGUUACCUAACUAUCUGAUGCCUAAUACACAAGGUCACAUUACCAUUGCCACUCAGUAGAUGGCACCAGAUCCCAUUUUUCCACUGAUUGUGUUUUCCAUCGAAUUUUUCUUGUCACCAAAUUGAUUUCGCAAGGCUGAUAGUGUGAAUGCUUAUUUCUUUUGUGAAAAGCAAAGCAAACUGAUUAAGCUUUCCAUUUUGAUAGAAUAUUAUAUGCCAGAAAGCUUUAUUUCUCUGUAAAAUCAGGAUUAUAAAAUAGCGCUAUUGUUUAUUUUUAAAUUUUUUUAUUAGAGUUCUGUAAUUGGAUGUUACUUUUCUGAGUAAAUUAUUUUCUGUGCUGAAAGAAAUAAAAAGGUAUGUUUUAGAGAUGUAAAACCAAACUAUAGCACUGAUUGAUUGUCUGUGAUCUCCGUGUGUUCACAGCAUUGAUCUCAUGGGUCUGGUUCGUCAUGGUUUCUGCGACUCCCGUGAACUCUGCUGUGAUUCCUCGUUGCUUUAAUUCAGGUAGAAUAAAAGAGCAGCAGCUUCCUUUUCAGGAACACUCAGAUUGUUUAGUUCUUGUGCUAAUUCUCUUUGA